AUGGAGAACGGGGACAGCCGCGGCGGCCGCUCCUCCGGCAGCAGCGGCAGCAGCAACAGCAACAGCAACAACACGGGCAGUCAAGCUCCAUUGACGUCUAAAGGUGCCUUUGAUUCGCAUCUGUACGGAGAGACCCCGGUUCAUCAGUAUCUUUCUGAAAUUCCAGCAGAAGAUGAACAGCCUACACCACUGGGCGCCGCCUUUGGGGAGGACCCGCAUCAGGCUCGGGGCGGCGGAGUAGACUCAGUGAGUCGGCUUGUAGAAAGUGAACGGAGAGCCAUGCUGGCAUCGUCAGGGGGUGAUGCAGGCGAUGCAGCUGCUCUGCUGGAGAGGAGAGCAAUUGCAGCUAGAGAGGAUAUGUACAGGAGGCAACGCUUCCAACGCGCGCUCUCCCCAGAGAGGCAAGACCCAUUUGCUGCUGACGGGGGACGCCGAGCUGAUGUUAGCGCCAGAAGCUACGCAGAUGUCAUGGUGGAGCAGCAGCUGGAUAGAGAGAAACAAGCAGCAGUCAAACAAAUCCGGAAGCUGCAAGAGGACGCGGCGAUCGCGCAGCAGCUGCUGCAGCAGAGGCAGCAAGAGGAAGCAGCAGGUGGUGCUGCUGCGGGAAAAAGAGGCAGGUGGGACGGAGAUCGCCAGCUGACAGAGGCGGAACGCAUGUCGCUGCAGCAGCAGCAGCAGCAGCAAGGUGCAGAGGGCGCAGCAGCAGCAGCAGCAAGCCUUGCUAGCCGCUGGGACACGCCCCUUCAAGCAGGUGGGCAGGCGCCUGGCUGGGGAGACACUCCAGUUGCUGUAGCAGGAGAAGCAGCAGCAGAAACAGCAGAACAAAAGCCAAAGAAGAGGAGCAGAUGGGAUGCAACUCCGGCACAAGGAGGCACUGGCCAGGAGACGCCAACUCCUGGGCAAUGGGGAGCGACGCCAUUGGUGGCGGGAGUAGGGGGUCAGACGCCUUUAGCUAUGAAGAAGAAAAGCCGUUGGGAUGCAACUCCAGUGCCUGGGGGUGAGGAGGGAUCGGGUGUGGGGUCUGCGAUGGCAACUCCACUCACGGGAGCACGACUUGCAGACGGAUCGGAUGCGGGCCUGGCGACUCCGGGGCUUUCGCAGACACCUGGAGCGACACCAAUGACCUCAGGAUUAACACCAGGAGCAACUCCGCUCGCCAUGACAGGUCUGGGGGCCACUCCUAUGACGCCUGGGACCCCGUUGCAGACACCGGAGCAGCUGCUUGCUUUGCGUCUGCAGCAGGAGUUUGAUGAAAGAAAUCGAUAUCUAACAGAUGAAGAGCUGGACAGAAUUAUGCCAACAGAGGGUUAUGAGGUGGUGCAGCCGCCGAGUGACUACAACCCGCCUCCAACCUCGGCAGCAGUUGCAGCAGCGCGAGCUCGCCAGCAAGCCUUGGCAGCCUCGGGGAUGGGGCCUGCAACCCCAGGUGUAUCUUCAGCAGCUACGCCCCUAGGCGUUACGCCCAUGUACGUCAUGCCUGAGGAGGGCGGCAUUUCUGUUAAAGCUGUCGACCCUACAGGCUCACUGUUGGACCCGCAAGGGCUAGGAGAGGCUUCAGGAGGCGUCCAAAUGAAGGCUGAAGACUUCCACUUCUUCUCGAAACUCUUUGAGGAAAAAUCAGAAGAUCAAAUGACUCAAGAGGAGGUGAAGGAGAAGAAGAUUCAACUUUUGCUUCUGAAGAUCAAGAAUGGCACGCCGCCUCUCCGUCGUUCUGCCCUGCGUAUUUUGACGGACAAGGCAAAGGAGUUUGGCGCCGCUGCGUUAUUUAACCAAAUAUUGCCAUUAAUGAUGCAGACGACUCUGGAGGAUCAGGAACGCCACUUACUGGUGAAAGUCAUAGAUCGCGUGUUGUACAAAUUGGACGACUUAGUGCGGCCCUACGCCCACAAGAUCUUGGUGGUUAUUGAACCUCUUUUGAUUGAUGAAGAUUACUACGCGCGUAUUGAGGGCAGAGAAAUUAUCAGCAACCUCGCAAAGGCUGCAGGGCUCGCGACUAUGAUCGCCACUAUGCGCCCGGAUAUUGACCACCCUGACGAAUACGUGCGAAAUACAACAGCCAGGGCGUUUGCUGUUGUGGCGUCUGCUUUGGGGGUUCCGUCUUUGUUGCUUUUCUUGAAGGCGGUUUGUCAGAGCAAGAAGUCGUGGCAGGCUCGGCAUACGGGUAUAAAGAUAAUUCAGCAGAUAGCCAUUCUUCUGGGUUGCGGGGUGUUGCCUCACUUGCGUCAGUUUGUUGAGAUUAUUCAACAUGGCCUGGACGACCCGGUGCUGAAGAUCAAAACGGUGACUGCUUUGGCGUUGGCUGCGCUGGCUGAGGCUGCAGCCCCGUACGGUAUUGAGGCAUUCGAUUGCGUGCUGCGUCCUCUGUGGAAGGGGAUAGGUGAAAUAAAGGGUAAAAGUUUGGCUGCGUACUUAAAAGCCAUUGGGUCUAUUAUACCCCUUAUGGACGCCUACCACGCCAGCUACUACACGCGGGAAGUUAUGGUGAUGCUGGUGCGGGAGUUUGAAACAAACGAUGAAGAAAUGAAAAAAAUUGUCUUAAGAGUGGUCAAGCAAUGUGUAGCGACAGAGGGUGUAGAAGGAGAGUAUAUCCGCACCGAUAUCAUACCCCCUUUCUUCUCGAAGAUGUGGCUCGUUAGAAACGCAUUAGAUCGGCGCACUGCCAAACUGCUGACAGAAACUGCCACCGAAUUGGCUUCGAAGGCUGGUGGGGCUCACGUGAUUAAGUUUAUUGUUGACGACUUGAAAGACCCAAGUGAACCGUUCAGAAAGGCAACGCUUGAAACUAUUGAACAAAUAAUUGUGAACGGGGGCGUUGCAGACAUCGAUGGCAGGCUGGAGGAGCAGUUGAUUGAUGGCCUGCUCUACGCGUUUCAAGAACAAACCACAGAAGAUACCGCAGUGCUUCUGAACGGGUUUUCAACAAUCGUGAAUGCCCUAGGCACCCGCGUGAAGCCCUACUUGCCUCAGAUUUGUGGUGUCAUUCGUUGGAGGCUGAACACCCCGUCAGCCAAACUACGACAACAGGCAGCAGACCUCGUUUCGCGUAUUGCCACGGUAAUGUUCAAAAGUGGGGAGGAGCAGAUGUUGGGGCACUUGGGUCUGUUUUUGUACGAGUACCUCGGAGAGGAGUACCCAGACGUCUUGGGAAGCAUUCUGUGCGCACUCAAGGCUAUAGUAAACGUAAUUGGCAUGAACAAAAUGACACCUCCUAUCAAGGACUUGCUGCCGCGUCUGACGCCUAUUCUCAAGAACAGACACGAAAAAGUGCAGGAAAAUCUCAUCGACCUUAUUGGACGUAUCGCAGAUCGUGGGGGCGACUUGGUGUCGCCGAAAGAGUGGGAUAGGAUUUGUUUUGAUCUUUUAGACUUACUGAGGGCGCAGAAAAAGAGUAUUCGAAGAGCCACUGUGAACACCUUCGGGUACAUCGCCAGAACCAUCGGGCCGCAGGAUGUGUUGGCUACUCUCCUUAACAAUUUGAAAAUGCAAGAACGCCAGCUGCGUCUGUGCACGACUAUCGCUAUUGCCAUUGUGGCGGAAACCUGUCUACCGUAUUCCGUGCUGCCUGCACUUAUCAACGAAUACCGCGUGCCCGAACUCAACAUUCAAAACGGUGUGCUCAAAACUCUCAGCUUUAUGUUUGAAUACAUCGGCGAAAUGGCUAAGGACUACAUCUACACGGUCACACCGCUGCUAGAAGAUGCUCUUAUGGACAGAGAUCUCGUCCACAGACAAACAGCAGCGUGGGCGUGCAAGCACCUUGCUUUGGGAGUGCACGGACUGAGCUGCGAAGAUGCGCUGACACACUUAUUUAACUACGUGUGGCCAAACAUAUUCGAAGUGUCGGCGCAUAUGGUUCAAGCAUUUUUUGAUGCUGUCGACGGCAUGCGCGUUGCCAUCGGACCGGGUGUUGUAUUUCGAUACGUCAUUCUCGGCCUGUUCCACCCCGCACGCAAGGUGCGCGAGGUGUAUUGGAGAGUGUACAACACUGUCUACAUCGGUCAUCAGGACGCAAUGGUGGCGUUUUACCCCAAGCUACCGGACGACGGAAAGCACUCCUUUGCGCGGCAUGAACUAGAGUUGUUUAUAUGA